GGUUCACGGGGAGUUUCCCCGGGCCAUGGUCAAGAGCGCCCACAUCGACGAGGACGCGGUGGAGACCGCCUGCGCCUCCCUCGCCAACAGCGUGCUGAAGGGCAACACCUACCAGUUCGAGGCCCUCACGGUGGUCCUUCGCAGCAUGAUGCCCCCCUCCACGGGCUCUCAGCAGGUGCGAGGACCGCCGCCCGAGGCGCUCAUCGACCCGGGGGCCCUGGUGUGGUCUGAGGAGGAAUACAUGUCCGGGCCGCAGGAGAACCUGCGCAUCCUGCAGGGCUUCGAGGCGGAGUACGCGAGGCGCGUGUCCCACGCCAAGGACUUCCGCCUGCCA